AAUAAUAAUAGUUGAGAGUAACAGAACCCAAGAGAAACAAGUGAUGCACAGUACAAUUGCUCACCACAUGCUGCCUGAUACCCAGCCUGUCCCAGAAUGUGCUGGGCCCCCUUACAAAUAACUUCCCCAGCUUAUAUACUGGACAUUCUGUGGUAUGAAAUAUCCCUUUGUCCACCUGUCCUGGCCAUGCUCCCUCCCAGCUUUUGUGCACCUCCUCACUGGCAGAGUAUGAGACACUGAAAAGUCCUCAACUUAGGGUGAAUGCUACUUAGCAAAAACAAAAAAGUCUAUCACACGAGUCAUGGUUUUGCUUAUCAUUGCAAGUGUAACUGGACCUUGAAUGCCUGUCUCCCACCUCUGAGGCAGGUGUUCCAACACUGAGUUUAGCGCUAAACAUUAAUAUAUUGUAGCAGUCAGAAAUCUGGUGCCCAGGUUGUCUCUCCCUAUUAAAUUCAGGAAUCCAGAAGUGCAGAUAAUCUUGGAACGAAUGCAGUCAAAAACAUCUGUUAUGUUUACUGCAAUACCAAACAAAUAAAAUGGUAGUGUAACAUUGAAGACCAGGUAGAUGUGGCUGUCCUCAUAGUGCCAAGCAGUCAGGUGGUUCAACUGACAUUGUUCCCUGUCAUCAUUGUCUGUAUUGACACACUGGUAGCAUGGGCUGAAAUAGAUAAUGAUAACAUUUUCCUUGCUAUUUCCCAAUAAUCUAUUGGUUCAAUAAACCCUGAGGUACAAAGUCCCAGGUUCAAGUGGCUCCUCUGUUAUACAGUAAGUUGAACUUCUUUGCCCUUUAUUGCUAGGUAAUUAUCUGUUCUGUAGAGUUCUCAGGAAAUCUCUCAAAUCCUCAAACCAAACACCUUCUACAGGAUCUAGUUAAGUAUUUCUUGCCCCAGCAGCAGCACGGUGCUUCUAUGCACCGUUUGUGUUUCUGAAUAUAGAUCACUUUAUUGCACCGCAGGGUAACUCGGUGUUGGCAUGGAUGCUCUCUGUCCUACUUGCCCAGCUUUGUAUUGGGCUUUUGUUCCAGCACGAUCCGAUCUGUUUUUCAGUUUGCUGUGAGGACAGUUUAAUAUAUGACCAGAUAUAUGACCUGCUGGGAACAGGUCAUAUAUCUCCCUUCUUCUCUCCUACGCCUACCCCAGACAACUAUGGCCUAUUCCUUAACCUUCCUACGGAAACCAGCUCCAGCCUGGGGAGCAGGGCAGGGCCAGGUUCAGAUGCCGCGCAGGGGCCAGGGAAGGUGCGGGGGCAGGAAGACGCUGUGCUGGGCUCCCCGGGCCCGCUGCUCUUCCGCCGCUGCGGUGAGCGCCGGUGGCUGCCCCGGGCGCCGGUGGGAGCAGCCCCGUCCCGCGGGGACUACAACUCCCAGCGCUCCGCGGCGCGGCCCGGCGGCGGCCGAGGAGGUGAGAGCGGCUGUCCCGGGAGCCGAGUUCUCCUUCAGGGCGCAGCAUGAACGGCAGCGUGGCGAGUGGCGGCUACUCCGAGGAGAUCAUCAGCCUUACCCGCAGACCCUCAGGGUUGGGCUUCAACAUUGUUGGUGGGACAGAUCAGCAGUAUAUUGCCAAUGACAACAGCAUCUAUGUCAGCUGGAUCAAAAAGGAUGGGGCAGCUUACCUUGAUGGCCGAUUACAAGAAGGAGAUAAAAUUUUAGCGAUCAAUGGCAAAGACUUGAAGGAUUUGCGGCACAAGGAUGCUGUGGAACUGUUCAGGAAUGCAGGCUAUGACGUGUCUCUGAAAAUUCAGCGCAGGUUGCAGCCACAGAAUGGCCCUGUGGGUCAUGGAAGAGAUGGAGAAUCAGGUGGGCUUCCUCUGGCAGCCAUUCUUGUGCCAGGCCUGGCACUUGCUGCGACAGCAGUCUGGAUCUUGCUGAGGUAUCGACAGCGGAUGUGAAGAGUUCACGUCUGGGAUAUCACUGCGUAUUUUACACAGCUAUGAUGCAAUUUAAAGAUAGAGAAUCAACAAUCUUGUCACAGACUGAUGCCAAAAAGGAUCAUUGCCUAUCAUCAAAGUUGCUGCUGAUGUUCGUAUAUAUUGAUUUUGUUGUAGGGUGAAUAGAAGCAGAGAGAAAAAAGGGAAGGGAGAGGAUUGUGUUUAUGUAAAGAGUGGGAUAGCUGUAUUUUUGGACAAAUCUGAGGAGGUUUUGCCAUCCUCCUCUAGUUUGCACCAUGAACUUUGAAACACACUCAUCUAUUCCACAUUUUAAGGUUUAACUUUUGGUUAAAGGGAGUGGGAGUUGGGGUGGUUUUAAAUCAAAAACAUUUUCUAGAGGUUUUGCCUUUUUUCUUGAAUCUAAUGAAUUCUGUCUGACCCAUGAAUAAAGAGGAGCAAUGCAAAGGGUAUAUUAUUUUUCCCAUUGAAGUUUUGUUGGUUGUUGCUAAAUAAAUGCCUUAAAUGUGUAAAAUCUGA